GUACAUGAUGUAAAAGGUAUUGAUACGUACUUUGAUUAGAAAACAAAAUUGGUAUAGGAUAUUGUGUCAUGAUAUACGGUGAAGAGAUAAUUUUCAAAUGUUAUACUUAACAGAAAUACAAGUAACUUGUACGAUUACGUAGAGGUAUUAAAUAUGAAAUUGCUAAAGUUAUUUCAACGUUUAUAAAUAAUGAUAUAGAUAAGCUUAUAUAUAAAACGUUAUAUCGCUAUUAUCACGUCGAUUAUGGAUGGAAAUUGUCUUCGUAAUUUGUAUUAUCCGUCGUUGUAUCUUCUGAAAUCGUUAUUACAAAAAAAUGCAGAAUCAUAAAUUUGGUGGACGAGACCCAAAAUUCAUUGAAGCAUGCGCGUCGAAUUACGGUCCUGAAUGUUUGUGCAGCCCGAUCUCGGCGAGUGGCGCUGUUGGAGGGGGGCCGUCAACUAUGGCCGGCGCUGAAGGCAGGCCACGAAAGAAAUGUGGCACCGCAUUUCGCUUAGUACGGACUUAGACUGCUCUAAGUGGCGGUCGUGUACGCCGGUGUCCGACCACGACGACGUCGACGUCGUCGUUUUAGAACGCGUGACAGAGAGAUAGCUAGACUUUAACGAGAGUUUCCAGCUGCCGUUGUUGAACUGUGGAACACUCUCGUACUCUCACGUCGCCUACGCCUCCUUGCGUAAACCGGAUGCUCGUCACUGCCGCGUUUAUACGAAUUCGGUAGCCGUGGCGAAUUUCCUCGAGCGUAGUGUGCAUAUUCGAACGAGAUCUAACUGUGUCAAGUGACAACGAUUGUGACAGUGACACCGAAGUGCGCGUGACUGCGUGCCAUGCCAGUAUUGUGUCGAUAGAAAAGACACGGUGAAUCGAUUUGAUCGUUAAACGUCGAGGCGUACGCGUUUAUUUUGCUUCUAUGACACAGUAAGAGGCACGUGUGGUGCUUGAGCGUGACUGUUUCCCGCGAAAACGUUGUAGUACGAUCAGGCAACACUCUUGCCCCGGUUGUCGCGUGAUAUUUCAAAACAAGCAAACUCGCGUGUGCGCCCUCGUGCUUGUCGGCGGUACUGUGAAUCCCGCGAGAGGGAGAUACAGAAGAGAGAGGGAGUACGAGGAUCCCGCAUGCAAGUAGAAAAGCGAAACACAGGGAUAGAGAAAGAGACAGAACGACGAGACGAAUUGGUGAAGAGACAGCAGUCACGUAUUUACUCUUCUACGGUGGUACGAAGCUAACCUAAAAACCGAUACUCGGUCCGUUUUGUGCGUAUCCCAUCGAUGGGCAUGAUACAUCUGCGCAUGCGCAGAAGAAAUUGUGUGUACCUCGUGCGCGAAUUUCGAUUAUCGUGCCCGUCGCAUGUGUACGGUGUCGAGGAAUUGCGCGGUAAACAAGAAACACCGACUGAACGUGUGCUGUGACAAGUGUUUCUGGAAAGGUUCGUGCGAGAAUUACGUGCAACCGCGGUUUCUAACGAGUGUGCAGAGUGGAAUCAUUCCCUUUUCUUCCUUUCUCCAUUUCUCUUUCGUGUUCGUGCCUUGUUCGUGUAUCGUAAAACGUCCCGUAUCGCGUUCGGUAACGUUACAAUAUACGUGUAAGUCGAGGGAGGAGGAGAACCGACGAAAAGUCUGCCGGAAAGAAAAACGUCACAUUGGAGGGGAUUAAGAUUAAAAAUAAUCAUACUGUGGAUUGUGCCGGGGCGAAUGUAUGACGGAUCAUGGUUUCUGCGUCCGGCCCUACAGGGAUCCUAGCGGGACGCCCUUCUGGUUCUCAGUGCCUUCAAGGUUCGCAAUCGUCGCAGAAUGGAUGUGCUACGAAAAAUCACAGUGAGAAGAAUGCCAAAACCGUGGAGAACGCGAAACAACGACACGAGUCGGAUCUUUAUAUCAGGCCAAGCUGGACCGACGCGGCGAUAGCGUUAGAUCAGCUCGAGAAGGGCAAAGCGGAAGGUCAGAGAUCUGCUGUUUGGAUCAGGGCAAGGCUGCAGGAUCAGCUGAGUCAGCUGGGCUACUUCCUGCAGAGGCGCGCAGGCAAGGUCCUCUUUCUCGCGAUCAUCGCUUUGGCUAUGUUCUGUGUCGCUCUCAAGACCGCUCAAGUUCACAGCAAGGUCGAACAGCUCUGGGUUCAAGAAGGCGGAAGGUUGCAAAAAGAGUUGACCUACACCUCGGAAGCACUGGGCGAAGCAGCCGCCUCGACACAUCAGCUGGUGAUUCAAACACCGAGGCAUCCCGGGGCGAAUAUCUUGCACCCUGCCGCACUCAAGGAACACUUAGAAAUCCUGAAGGCGGCCACGCAGGUCACCGUACACCUGUUCGACACCGAGUGGAGGCUGAAAGACAUGUGUUACGCGCUGAACAUACCCAACUUCGACAUGCACUACAUCGACCAGAUUUUCGAUAGAAUUAUACCAUGCGCCAUCAUUACACCCCUCGACUGUUUCUGGGAGGGCAGCAAGCUCUUAGGACCAGACUCUCCUGUGUAUAUACCCGGCACGCAGAUGCACAAGCCAGUGCACUGGACGAAUCUCAAUCCAUUGUGGAUGCUGGACGAGAUGAAGAAACUGCAGUUCAUGUUUCCCUUCAAAACUCUGGAGGACUACAUGAAGAGGGCCGGGAUAACGAACGGCUACCAAAGCAAGCCCUGCCUCGACCCAGCGGACCCUGAGUGUCCGGAAACCGCGCCCAACAAAAAAUCUCAGCAGGUACCAGACAUAGGAGCGGAAUUAACGGGAGGCUGUUACGGUUUCGCGGCCAAGUUUAUGCACUGGCCCGAGGAAUUACUCGUCGGUGGUGCUAAGCACAAUAAGACUGGUCACUUGACCCGUGCAGCUGCGCUUCAGACCGUUGUGCAGCUAAUGGGAGAACGAGAGCUUUACGAUUUCUUCGACAACACCUACAAGGUACAUAAUAUCGACUGGUCCCAGGAGAAGGCAUCGCAAGUACUUAAAACCUGGCAACGAGCGUUCAGCAAUCAAGUGAAGAAGCACCUGGACGCGAAUGGCUCAGCGCCGUACAAUUUGUACGCGUUCAGCACAACCACCAUGAACGACAUACUUGGGAAGUACAGCGAGGUGUCCGUUAUGAAAAUCGCCAUAGGCUGCGCACUGAUGGUACUGUACGCGGGUAUAGUCCUUCUUCGAUGGAAGGAUCCAGUGCGUUCGCAAGCUGGCGUAGGCAUAGCCGGUGUAAUGCUCAUCUGUGCAACUGUGGCCGCUGGUUUGGGGUUCUGCGCCCUACUGGGAAUCCCCUUCAACGCAGCCACCACUCAGAUCGUCCCUUUCUUAGCUCUGGGACUCGGUGUUCACGAUAUGUUUCUAUUAACUCAUACUUACGCUGAGCUCUCGGUGAACGAAGUGCCCAGUGGAGAACAGACAGGAGUGGUUCUAAAAAGGACCGGCCUAUCUGUCCUUCUAGCAGGAAUCAGCAACGUGUCAGCGUUCUUCGCUGCAGCGAUAAUCCCAAUUCCUGCACUCCGAGUGUUCUGCUUUCAAGCUGGUAUCUUGUUGCUUUUCAAUCUGGCCGCUAUGCUGCUUGUUUUCCCAGCUAUGGUGAGUUUGGACCUGAGAAGACGACGUUCAGGUCGUUCAGAUAUACUCUGUUGCUGCUUACCAUCGAACGCUGGCAGAAAUAAGUACGCCAAUAGAAUGAGCAAUGGUACCGCGAAGCAAACUGUAACGAGGGCAAUACCACCAGAACGCCGUGAAACCUGUACGCAAAUCCUGACAUCGCAAAACGUGCAGAAUGAGUCCUGGGUCGGUGGAAAUAUCGAGGUGGACUCGGAUAAACAGUGUAGCGAAGAAGACACCCUAACAGGAUGCAGCCAAGACGACUGUCUCACUUUCACCUUGACCCAGUUAGCUGCAAAGCAUUAUGCUCCCUUCGUCACCAGACCAGCGACUAAGGUCUUUGGCAUGAUGAUUUUAAUCGCAGUUCUUCUUGGCUGUGUUUGGCAAGCUGUAAGGGUGAACGAUGGUCUAGAGCUGACCGAUUUGGUCCCACAGAAUUCCAAUGAACAUGCUUUCUUAGCUGCCCAGGCAAAGCACUUUGGAUUCUACAAUAUGUAUGCUGUUACCCAGAGGGAAUUCGAGUACCCUAACAAUCAAAGAUUGUUGUAUGAAUAUCAUGAUGCCUUCAUGAGGAUAAAGAAUGUGAUCAAAAACGAUAACGGAGGAUUGCCUGAGUUUUGGUUAAGUUUAUUCAGGGACUGGUUGAAAGGACUGCAAAACGCGUUUGAUAGGGAUUAUAACAAUGGAUGUAUUACACAGGAAAGGUGGUACAAGAAUGCUAGUGACGAGGCAAUUCUCGCUUACAAAUUAUUGGUACAAACUGGUCAUGUAGACAAUCCUAUUGACAAAUCGUUAGUCACUCAAGUCAGGCUAAUCGAUUCUGAAGGGAUCAUCAAUCCAAGAGCGUUUUAUAAUUAUUUGAGUGCAUGGGUGUCAAACGAUGUUUUGGCUUAUGGUGCUUCUCAGGCCAAUUUAAGGCCAGAACCAAGGCAAUGGAUUUAUACUAAUGAUCAUGAAUUAAAGAUUCCAAAAAGUAUGCCUCUGACGUAUGCUCAGAUGCCAUUUUAUCUGCAUAAACUUACUGAUACGCAAGAAAUUACUGAACUAAUUGGCAAUGUUAGAAAACUGUGCAAAAAAUUUGAGGAACGGGGACUGCCAAAUUUCCCUUCUGGUAUACCAUUCCUCUUUUGGGAACAGUAUAUGGAUUUAAGAAAUUGUUUGGGUAUUGCUCUGUUAGCUGCUUUAACAGCCAGUGUUGCUGUCGUUGGAAUAUUAUUGUUAAAUUUCUGGGCAGCUUUGUUAGUCGGCACUUCUCUUGCUGCUGUGGUACUACAACUCUUUGGAAUCAUGGGCCUCUGCAAUAUAAAACUGAGCGCUGUUCCUGCUGUUUUGUUGGUCGUCAGCAUUGGAAUUGCUGUGCACUUUACAGUGCAUAUUUGUCUGAGUUUUGUUACAAGUAUUGGAAGCAGGGAUCGAAGGAUUCGGUUAGCUCUGGAACACAUGUGCGCACCUGUAAUUCACGGAGCAAUAACAACUUUAUUAGCAGUCGUGAUGUUGGCCUUCUCCGAGUUCGACUUCAUCGUUCGAUAUUUCUUCUUGGUGUUGCUGUGUCUUAUUGGGAUCGGUUUGGUGAAUGGAUUAUUCUUUUUUCCCAUCCUGUUGUCUUUGAUCGGCCCAUCUCCAGAAGUAAUACCCAAUGACCAUCCGGAUCGUAUUUCUACGCCAACUCCACCUGCCUCGCCAAUCGUCAGAAGAUCGAAACCUCCUGUACCCCCCAGGAGGUCGUACAAAAUUGAUAACGCCAGGUUACACGCUGAACCAUCUCUCACUACCAUCACAGAGGAACCUAAUUCAUGGCACAGUACACAGGAGUCUUGUAUUAUUGUUCAGCCAGAGUUGAAGGUUGAAACGACAUCAACUUGUGGCAACCAGAACUGUAGCGGAUCAGAUACAAGUGGGUCUAGUCGAAUGUCACCAGUGACAUCUACGUCUCAUAUCACAACCAAGGUCACUGCGACGGCUAAUAUAAAGGUUGAAGUUCAUACACCGUUAACUAGUACAGUGGAUCGUAGCGAAAAAUGCAGACACACGACUUCCAGUAGCCGAAGGAGCUCGCGCUGCAGUGCGAACGUUAAUGCUGGGGAGUCUUCCGGUUCCGGUUCUGAACCGGAUUCAGACUCUAACCCAAAUAAACACUAAUAAUAAGUACCGGGAAGACCGGCAGCUACUGCUCAAAUACCAUGCAAAGCGGGAACAUACAGAAGGCUGACUAGGAUAGAUUUAUAGUUUCAUUUCUUCUUUCUUUUCUUUAUACAUCGUAUAGCGAUGUGCGGGUACCCAAAGUUUAAAUAGCAAUGGCUUUAUUCGAGAUAAGUUCGCGUAAUGUUCUCACAUGACACGUUUAACCUCUCUCUUAAUCUUUUGUAAACUAGAUAUACGAACUAAUCUAUUCACUGCCCUUAUUUUAUAUGAAACACCGCGGACGAACAACGUGGAAAGCCAAUGAUCAGAGUUUAUCAGGUACUCUCACAUCGUUAAUAACGCAACGUGCUUGUCCUCUUUGAAUUAAAGAACAAAAGUAUUAUGACUCAGAAAUACUGAAUCGAUACACGCAGUGAUACAUUGUAUAUAAAUGUUCGCAAAGAUGCAUUUAUAUUUGUAUCGUACGUCCAAUGCGGGCCAUACGUACGAACAGGAUGUUCGUAUUCACUUUCAACGCAUUGAACGUGUGAUAAAUUAUUGGGAUAUAUAUGUGCGUGCGUGCGUGCGUGUGUGCGUGUGUGUGUGUAUAAAAUAAUAUUUUUAACGAAUCUACUUAGGAGCAUGUCAAAGAAAAUGCUUUACUACACGCUCUGUGGUAUACGACAGUUUCCAUGAAACUAUAAGGUUAUUAUUUUAUGAACUAGAAAAAUUUCAACGUCUGUCCUAUAAUUGUUAAUAAUACGACGAAGAUUCAAAAACUGGAAA